UCGUCUCUCUGCUUAUAUUGCGUAAAUGGUGGAUUUGUUUUCUGGUCAUAUAGAAAGCCAAUGAUUGCUUAAAUACAAGUAAUUGGUGUAUUCCGUCCUUGGAGCAUAGUGAUUUUUCUCGUGAUGGAUUACUGAUGAUUUCGGGUCUAACCAUGGAACAAAGAAGAUACGAGGGAGGAAGGGCGCGAGGAUAUCUGGUCGGCUGCGUGGUCGCGGUGCUUUUGUGGAGCGUGGCCUCGGCGCAAAUACGAUAUUCAAUCUCUGAGGAAGUGAACGAAGGAACUGUGGUUGGAAAUAUUGCGAAAGAUCUGGGAUUAGAUAAAAGCACGCUGACAGAAAGAAGGUAUCGGAUUGUUUCCAGUAAUGCGGAUCCGCUUUUCCAUGUAAAUCAGAACGAUGGCAUCAUGUAUGUGAGCCGAAAGAUUGACAGAGAAGAGGUGUGCGCACAGAGCAGUACGUGUUUGAUAAAUCUGAAAACCGUUCUAGAGAAUCCGCUGGAGGUGCAUUAUGUUGGAGUGGAGGUGCUGGAUAUAAAUGAUCAUUCUCCCAGUUUUCCAGAUGAGGAAACAACGUUGGAGAUUUCAGAAUCCGUGCUGCCUGGAGCACGAUUUCAGCUAAAACCUUCACGGGAUCCAGACAGUGGUCAUUUCUCUGUACAGCAGUAUAAGAUAAGCCAAAACGAUCACUUCCGUCUUGAAGUUAAGAAUAGAGGAGAUGAUGGCAAAAUACCAAUAUUGGUUGUUCAAAAAUCUUUAGACAGGGAAACAGCGGAGAGCCAUUCGUUAGUACUGACGGCUCUGGAUGGAGGGAAACCUCCCAAAUCUGGUAAUAUAAAUAUAAUAGUAAAUGUUUUAGAUAUUAAUGAUAACGCACCUGUUUUCUCUAAAGAAGUUUAUUCUGUGACUCUCAAUGAAAAUGCUCCAGUAGGUACAACAGUCAUACAAGUGAAUGCAACAGAUUUAGAUGAAGGUUCAAACGGAGAAGUAGUUUACUCGUUCAGCAAGAGUAUGCAUAAAAACAUAUUAAAUACGUUUGAUAUCAAUACAUCCACGGGCGAAAUAGUUGUUAAAGGUCUUAUAGACUAUGAGCAAAAGGACAAGUAUGACAUAGAAAUUGAAGCAUCAGACAAAGGUUUUGCUCCUCUGACAACAGAAAAAAGCGUCAUAAUCCAGAUAGUAGAUGUGAAUGAUAACGUACCUGAGAUUGAAGUUACCUCAUUUUCAAGCUCCAUCCCUGAAGAUUCCAGACCUGGAACUACAGUUGCUCUUAUCAGUGUAAAUGACUUGGACUCUGGUCUGAAUGGAAAAGUUAUUUGUUCCAUAAGUGAUGAUGUUCCUUUUACAUUAUCACCAUCCUUACAAGAAAAUAUGUAUUCAUUAGUCACUAAAUCUCCUCUGGACAGAGAGAAACAGUCACAUUAUGAACUAACAAUAACUGCAAAAGACGCUGGUCAACCUCCAUUAUCAUCUGAAAAGACAAUCAGUGUUGUGGUGUCAGAUGUGAAUGACAACAGUCCAGAGUUUUCACUGAGUCCAUAUACUUUCUAUGUCACUGAAGCUAAUGAGCCAGGUACCUCUGUGUUUUCUGUCAAAGCUUUUGAUCGUGAUGAGAAUGACAAUGCUCUGAUAUCCUAUCAUAUUCUCAGAGAUGGAAACCAAGAAAACAAAUUGGCUUCAUUCCUUAACAUUAACUCUGAAACUGGAGACAUUUUGGCUCUAAAAAGUUUUGACUUUGAAGUCCUGAAAACGUUCCAGUUUCAAGUUGUGGCCACAGAUUCUGGAACUCCGUCACUGAGCAGCAACGUCACAGUGAACGUGUUCAUUCUGGAUCAGAACGACAACGCUCCAGUCAUCCUGUAUCCAGUCAGCUCCAACGGUUCUGCUGAAGGAAGUCACUGACCACAGUCUCUUUGGUUUGGACCGCUAUACAGGACAGAUCAGAACACUUCGCUCAUUCACAGAGACAGACGAGGCUGAGCAUAAACUGCUCAUACUGGUCAAAGACAAUGGGAAUGUUUCUCUC